UGGAUUCUGCUCCUCCGUCAAAGUUUUGCUUUUGCUCCAACUUUUGCCUUUGGCUUCAGAGUCAUUUUUCUCUUCAUGUUGCACCGAGUUAGUUUUAGAUUGCGAGAAAAUUCCUGUGAAAGUGUCUGAAUCAAAACUCUGUGAAUAAUUUACAAUUUUGAGAUAUAUUUCCUUCUUUAAGUGAUUUAUAAACCACAUAUUUUAGUUAAUUUAUAUGUAGUCUACACAAAAAUAAGUUUUAUUGAGAAAUACCUCAAAGCUUUCGGAUUAAGGACAGAAAGCUCACAGGAAAAUUCAAUCAAUAUAGAGGGUUUUUUUUGAUUUGGCAAUGAGACGUCUAAGUUUUCGACAAUUUGAGGAAUCGUGACAAGAUUUGGAAGAAUAUUGAGCUCAAAACACAACACCACAGAAUUUACUAUUAGAGAAUAUAUUUGUUCUCAUAGGAAGGAAUUCACAUAAAGUGAAGGAAUUGAAUUGUCCUGCAAUGAAUGCGAUCAAUUUAUCAUGUUUUCUCACCAGUUUAACACUUCUUAUUGCAAUGGUCUUUCACCCAGUUAGUGGAAUCGACUGUUUUAAAUGCGUCUCCUUCAAUGGCGCCAAUAAGGCGUGUGAUGACCCCUUCCACAAUAACUACUCUACAGCGAUCCUCGAAUCUCCUUGUAUGGGCGGAAGAAAAGGGCGCGAUGGCCUCUUUCCGGCAACAUCCUGUAUUAAAAUUGCCGGAUACUACGAUGAUACGGGUGAAACGAUAACAGUUCGGGGUUGCGCCCUAGAUAGUGGAACUUUAACGACUGAUACGGAAAUCAUCCGGAUGUCGCACUGUGGAAGGUUCUACUACGACAACAGAUACGUACAUGGCUGCCUCCAAAGCUGCAACGAUGCCGAUGCCUGCAAUGCAGCACCUCACCUAGCCAAUACCGACGUCCACCUAACUCUGGUUCUUUUCACGUUAGCCCAAGUCUUUUCGUUGCUUCCGAGAUAACACUCCCAGGGUAUUACCACGUCUAACCCAUAAAAACUGCAGCCAUCGUCAAAAUACCACAUCUCCCUUCGCUUGCUCACACUUUCACCCAUUUUCCCACCUUCCGAUGAUAAUUUAUCACCACCAAUUCCUUUAUGCUAUGUGUUGGCACAACAGAAGGGUCAAUUGCUUUAAGAUAUAGCAGAAUACCGGAGCAAAUCACUGAUUAAACUAUUUACGUAAAGAUUCUCUUCUCGUAAUUUAGUAAAGAAAAUUUAAAAUUAUCUCUUCUAUAGUUUUGUAAUUAGGAUACAGGGAGAAGUGGGGCAGCUUUGAAUUGGGGAACCUUCGUUAUUGGUCUCUGGAGCUAAAGUAUAUCAUGGUAAGGUCCAAUUCUAUUAAAAAAAUAUAGGAGAAAUAAGUCCAAUUUUAAGGUUGCCCCACUUCUCCAUAAAAAUAGGUAUUCGGAAUUUUUUUGUAGCUGGACUUCAGUCCUUUAAGGACAUAACUAACAUACUAUAUGUACCAAUAAUUUUUUUAAUUAUAUUUCUAAACAUUUUCUCUAUAAAGAAUAUUUGCUAUAAGAAUUAGCAAUUAGUAAAUUAGUUUUUUGACGCAGUAAGUUGUUUUAUCAACUGCAGCUGAUUAAGCAGCAUAUUUUCAUAAAAUUGAUCAGAAAAAUGAAAUGUCGUCAGUAUAAAGAGGAAAUCAUAAAAUAUAUAAAUAUUCAAAGAUAGGGAAAUUUUAUUCGAAAAUCAAAAUGAUGAAUUUAUGAAUCAUUUUGGCAUGUUCAGUUAAAUUUAUAAGGACCAAAGAGGAAAAUGGGACACCUUUGAAAUUGGGCAUGUUCCUUCUACUUCUAAAAUGUAUUUGAGCUACACAAUUAGUUUGUCGAGCUAAAUAAUACCAUGAUAAAGUCCAGUUCCGUUUAAAAAUAGAAGAAAAAAGUCCUAUUUUAUAGGUUCCCCAAUUCAAAGGUGCCUGACUUCCCCUCAAUGAUUCAUCCCUCUUUAGUUUUUUACUGACCAAAAUGGAUUGUUUUAUAACGUUUCUUAAUUAUUUACUUAUUUUAUUUUUUUAAAAUUAAGUUAUCUUGUCUUUUGCGGAUCAAAACCGUAUAUCCGGUAUAUCCCAUUUUAGUCGCCCUUAAAGGGAUAAAAGUUUGCUUUGUCAAAUACAAUUAGGGGAAAGUGCCCAUGCUUUGCACGGUCCCAAGUUUUAUAAUGACUAAAUUUUUCCUAUGAUUCUAAAUAAUUGCGACUCCGCAAUAUAUUUUAAAAACAAGACACUUUCCCGUAGUUUUUAGAAUAUGGACGAUAUGAGUCACAUUUAUUGAAAAACAUACGAAAAAUUUAGUCAUUGUAAAGCUUGGGAUCGUGUAAAGCAUGGGCAUUUUUCCCUAUAAUAGAAUAGAACCACAUUGACCGUCAAAUCGUUUUCGUUUCCUCUCACGGUGUUUAAGAAAUUUAUGUAAGAGUAAGUAUUAUAGCAAUUAUCAGGCUAAUAUAGACCUGUUAAGUUCAUGAAUUGCUAAUUACAAGAUUUUAGAUUACUUAUAAUUAUAUUUAUAUAGAAGAAAUAAGAUGAAAUUGCAAGAAACUUUGUAAUAGCAAUUUUUUUGGUUGUUACUAAAAUAAAACCGGUAAAUUUGACGGUCAUUGCGAUUAUACCUUUUUCUCUAAACAUUGUUUUCUAAUAAUGUUAAAUUUUAAGGACGAAUUCCAAAUUGUAUUGAAAAAAAUUUUACUUCAAUUUAAUCUUGAUUUUAGAAUAAAAUUGUGAUUAUCAAAAAUAGGAACUGAUUAAUUAUAUAAAACGCUUAAAGUUGAAUAGCAAUUGACCCUUCGGUAUCAUAACCACUCCUUAUGCAAAAUAAAAAACUCUCAUUUUUUACCUUAAUAUUUUUAUUAUAUGCUUUUUACAAGAAAAAAAGACAUUAUUCUCAUCUGGCUGUUAAAGAAAAUUUAAGAUCAAUUUACUAAAUAGACUAGGGAGUGGAAAGGCCUCAUUCUCUGAUACCCACAAACCCAGACACUUAAAUGCAUAUAGGAUGAAAGUGCCUACAUCUCAGACAUUUUAUUUCUCCAAUUUAAUUUAAAAUACCCUUUAUUAUAGACAUAUUUGAGAUAAGCUCUUAAUAUGCUCCAGCCACUGAAUACACAUGAACCAUUUAAUUAAAUAUAUAAUCACUGCAAUAUUGCUGAAAUCAUACAUUGUUUAUGUAAAUGAUAAGUCUUUCAGAAUAAAAAAAAACACCUCAAAGAACCAAUAUUAUACAAAUGAAACAGGACAGGAGAAAUGAUUCAUGUACCAUUUUGGUGUACCCACUUUUUGAUAAACAGGAAAAACUAUCAAUUGCUUAACUCUACAACUAAAUAAAAUAGUUCUUAUGUAUUAAAUGGGAAGAAAGAUACCUAAUAAUGCAAUGUGUGGAGAAGAUCAUAAUUUUAACUAAAAGGAAAAACAUAGAUUUUAGUCUAAUGGAAAGAAAACAUGGCAGUCAUAUCAACAGAGAUUAUGUAUGAACUAUCAACUUAUUCCAUAUCGUGCACGAUUGACUCAUGUACUAAAGUAUCCUAAAAAUAAUCAUUAAAGCAUUAAAGAAAACUGUGAAGAUAAACAUUUUAAAAAUUUGCAUAAGUACUGUUAAAGGACAAUUUAGAUGUUUUAUCCCUAAAUAUUUUAAAAUGUUUCUUGGCUUUUCAUAGAUUUUAAACAUGAUUGUAUUAUACAAAUGAGAACACCCUCCAUGAAAAUUUUAUCGAUGUUGAAUAAGGAAUAAAUACAAUAUGGGUAUCACA